CAACGGUUCGCGCGCAGGUAGAAUCUGCAAAUUCCCCUCGAGUGGAAAUAGGCGUCUUUUUUAGAUACUUUACUCAUCUGCCAGCUGUGUCCCCGUAAACCUGCACGGUCGUCACUGAGCUCUUGACUCUGUCUCCUCGAUUGCUGCAGUUGACCGUCGACCAGUGUGGCUUCCAAGACCGUUCGUAUCUGCCCAGCAGAAACCUGAUCUCUUCCCCCCCGCCAUAUCCGACCCUCCACGACGUCAUAUCACCACCGCCAAUUCCUUGCUCUACCCAUUGUUCCCCCUCCGCAGUACAGAAUCCUCGCUCGUGCAUGAGGGUGGAUAAUGGACAAGAUGAAGCACUCGAUAGGUGGAGCGCUGCGAAAUCGCAGCGAGUCCAAAAGUAAUCGGUCUUCCUCAGAGGAUCAACGAGAAGCCACCGAUGAGGACACUAUGGUUAUCGAGCCCGAGCAGGGGAACAUCCUUUUACACAUCAUCUCGCAGUUGCGCCCGGGCGCCGACCUGUCUCGGAUCACCCUCCCCACCUUCAUCCUCGAGGAGAGAUCGAUGCUGGAAAGAAUAACGAAUUUUAUGGCCCAUCCUGAUACACUCCUCCCAAUGCCCUCCAUCGACGACCCGAUUGAACGAUUUGUCUCGGUCGUCAAGUUCUAUCUUAGUGGCUGGCACAUUAGACCUGCUGGCGUCAAGAAGCCCUUGAACCCGAUUCUUGGGGAAACAUUUACUUGCUGGUGGGAAUACCCGGACAAGACGCGAGGCUACUACAUCUCGGAGCAGACCUCGCAUCAUCCACCGAAGUCUUCGUAUUUCUUCAUGGCGCCGCACCACCAUAUUCGGGUUGAUGGUACUUUGAAGCCCCGCAGUAAGUUUCUGGGCAAUUCGGCGGCCAGCAUGAUGGAAGGUAUUUCGUACCUGAGAUUCACCAACCGAGGGAAGUCCAAGGGCGGCGAAAAAUACAUCCUAACACAACCCAAUAUGUACGCUCGAGGGAUUCUUUUCGGUAAGAUGAAAUAUGAAUUGGGCGACCAUUCGUAUGUGCGAUGUCCGGAAAAUGGGUUGACCGCAGACAUUGAGUUCAAGACCAAGGGCUGGGUCGGAGGCACCUACAAUGCCAUUGGAGGGUCCAUCAGAAAUGAGCGGACGGGAGAAGUCCUCUACGAAUUGUCUGGAUACUGGUCCGGAGAGAUGACCAUCAAGGACACCAAGACUGGCCAGAAAAAGACCCUCUUUGAUGCCACCCAUGCCAAACACGCCCCGCCCUUGACCCGGCCACUCGAAGAACAGGGAGACCGCGAAUCUCAGAAACUUUGGAAGUCGACAAUACAGGCAGUGCACGCGAGAGACCAUGAAGUUGCUACCACUGAGAAAGCAAAAAUUGAAGAUCGCCAGAGGGAAGAGGCCAAACGAAGAGAAGAAUUGGGUGUUGAGUGGAAACCUAAAUUGUUUCGAAGAGUGGAUGCACGACCUGGAUCCUGUGAAGAAGGCGAGGAGGAUCUGGAGUGGAUUAUCAAUGCACAUCUGGAUACAAAGACUGGUCCGGAAGAGCUGAUCGAAAGGAUUCUUUCGAUAGCUCCUAUACUUCCGGGUCAAGUUGAAAACUCUGAACAAGACACAAGGCGCCACUCUUUCCAGUAUCACGAGCGUACAUCCCACCAAGCAGCAGGUCAAUCCGGCCACGGCCAUCUGCACGCCUCGGACAAUCUGAUCGAUUUCGAUUCCCGGCCACCAAGCACAGCACCGCCGGAGAGCCACGCGAAGCAGCCAAACUCACAACCACAGCAGACCUCACACCAGCAGACAGCGAAUCUGAUGGAUGAUGACAAUGAUAUGUCGCACAUGAACAGUCAAAUGUCGAAAAUGAACAUGCAUGAAGCAAUGGUGCCGGAGGGUCAAAAGCCACUGAGGAGAGCAGACACAGACACUAGCGAGGUGGAUUUGUUCGUUGAUGCAGAAGGCUGAGGGGCCGCAGAAAAGAGCUGUUGAAUGAGAGUGAUGCGCUUUGACAUGCCCUUGCCCUCGACAGAGCUGGAGGGCGGGAGGAAACUUAAGGUCAUCCUCGUCCAUCUCCAUCGGCACACGAUCUCCACGACAACGAGGAUAUAGAGAGACAGUGGUCAGAAUUGUUCAAGACGGACUGGCGUUGAGAGCAUGUUCUAGAGUGCACCUACAGAACAAGCACAAGACCCCUAAUGCAAUUUUAUGAAGGCUGUAUUGGUCUGCAAGUAUGGCGUAGCUUCACGAGC